AUGGGAAGGGAUUGAUUUCCACCUUGCGGGGUAUGGGGCGCUCUUAGGAGGACUCUGGAGAAGUAGUUGUCCUGGGAGAGGAGCGAUCUUAAUCCUGCUGCAUGGCGGGAGGACAAAAUGCGACGCUGCAGCUAUUUUCCAAAGGACGUUACGGUGUUUGAUAAGGACGAUAAGUCUGAACCAAUCAGAGUCCUUGUGACUGGAGCAGCUGGUCAAAUUGCAUAUUCACUGCUGUACAGUAUUGGAAAUGGAUCUGUCUUUGGUAAAGAUCAGCCUAUAAUUCUUGUGCUGUUGGAUAUCACCCCCAUGAUGGGUGUCCUGGACGGUGUCCUAAUGGAACUGCAAGACUGUGCCCUUCCCCUCCUGAAAGAUGUCAUCGCAACAGAUAAAGAAGAGGUUGCCUUCAAAGACCUGGAUGUGGCCAUUCUUGUGGGCUCCAUGCCAAGAAGGGAAGGCAUGGAGAGAAAAGAUUUACUGAAAGCAAAUGUGAAAAUCUUCAAAUCCCAGGGUGCAGCCUUAGAUAAAUACGCCAAGAAGUCAGUUAAGGUUAUUGUUGUGGGUAAUCCAGCCAAUACCAACUGCCUGACUGCUUCCAAGUCGGCUCCAUCCAUCCCCAAGGAGAACUUCAGUUGCUUGACUCGUUUGGAUCACAACCGAGCUAAAGCUCAAAUUGCUCUUAAACUUGGUGUGACUGCUAAUGAUGUAAAGAAUGUCAUUAUCUGGGGAAACCAUUCCUCGACUCAGUAUCCAGAUGUCAACCAUGCCAAGGUGAAAUUGCAAGGAAAGGAAGUUGGUGUUUAUGAAGCUCUGAAAGAUGACAGCUGGCUCAAGGGAGAAUUUGUCACGACUGUGCAGCAGCGUGGCGCUGCUGUCAUCAAGGCUCGAAAACUAUCCAGUGCCAUGUCUGCUGCAAAAGCCAUCUGUGACCACGUCAGGGACAUCUGGUUUGGAACCCCAGAGGGAGAGUUUGUGUCCAUGGGUGUUAUCUCUGAUGGCAACUCCUAUGGUGUUCCUGAUGAUCUGCUCUACUCAUUCCCUGUUGUAAUCAAGAAUAAGACCUGGAAGUUUGUUGAAGGUCUCCCUAUUAAUGAUUUCUCACGUGAGAAGAUGGAUCUUACUGCAAAGGAACUGACAGAAGAAAAAGAAAGUGCUUUUGAAUUUCUUUCCUCUGCCUGA